AUGGAGACUUCUUCAUCAUCUCUGAAAAAAGUGGAUUCUAAAAAGUCUAACAAGAGGCCAAUUAUGAUUGACGAAAGUGGAGACGAAAGCAGUGCCGAAGAAGAUGAAGAAGCCUCUUCUCAAUAUUCAAGUAAGAGAAAGAAGAGGAAGGAUGUGGAGGAAAUCAAAUCAUUCAUCAUUGAUUCGAAAAAGAAAGGACCUAAUGAUCAAACUUGGAAACAAAUAGUUGGAUUGGAAUCAGUCAUUGAAUGUAUAAGGGAGGCAACAAUUCUUCCUCAGAAAUUUCCUCAAUUAUUUGUUGGGGAGAGAAGACCUUGGAGAGCAAUUCUUCUCUAUACCUUAUUGGCAUCCACAUUAGCAAGUGAAUCUGAGGCAACAUUUUUCAGUGUAUCAAGUGCUGAUCUUCUUUCGAAAUGGGUUGGACAAUCAGAGAAGAAAAUUAAACAAUUAUUCGAAUUUGCAGCAUCCAGAAAGCCUUCAAUUAUUUUCAUUGAUGAAAUAGAUAGCUUGUGCUCUGCCAGAAAUGACACUGACAGUGAAACUUCAAGGAGAAUCAAAACAGAAUUCCUCGUACAGAUGCAAGGCAUAGGAUCUAGAGAUGGUGUUACAGUCAUUGGUGCAACAAACUUGCCUUGGGAUAUUGACUCUGCUAUAAGGAGAAGAUUUGAGAAGAGAAUAUAUGUUCCUCUACCAACUCAAGAAUCAAGAAGAGAAAUUAUCAAACACAACCUUAGAAAUACUCCAAACUCGCUCAUUGAGGAGAAUUUUCAAAAGAUUGCUGAGCUAACAGACGGCUAUUCAGGGUCUGACCUUUCUGUUGUCAUACGACAGGCCAUUAUGGAACCAUUGAGAAAGUGUCAACAAGCCACUCAUUUUAGAUUAAUAUCUGGAUACUCUCCAAUAACUGGAAUCGAGCGCAAUGACUUGUUAGAACCCGUGUUUGAAAAUAUUGAGCAGUUUGAUACAGUUCAAAUAUCCUUGUACGAUAUUUCACCUGAAAAGCUAUUACCACCCUUAGUAUCAUUCGAAGACUUUGAAAAGGCAUUGAACAUUAUUCACCCAACGCUAUCAAGGGAAGAUGUUGCAAAGUAUCAAGAAUUUUCCAAAAUAUUCUAA